AUGCAAGUGCCGGUUCUCGGCUGCACUUUCCUCACGCUGUCAGAUCGUGAGGAAAGUACUGCCGAGAACCGGCAGUUGUCACAGCGGGGAUCGGCACCGAUCAUCAGGACACUGAUGAUCAGUGCCCUGAUGAUCGGUGCCCAGCAGUGCCACCCGCAAGUUCCGCCCACCUGUGCCCAGCAAUCACCCACCUGUGCCCAGCAGUGCACCCACCUGUGCCACUCUGCAGUGUCACACACCUGUGCCCAGAAGUGCCACCUACCUGUGCCCAGAAGUGCCACCCACCUGUGCCCACCAGUGCCACCCACCUGUGCCCACCCCACCAGUGCUGCCCACCAG